CCUCCCACUGCACACUUGCUCGUGAGACUUGUGAAUUUCUUACACAUUUCAUCCUUCACACGACUCAAGGUUUUAGUUCCCACUACACCUGACGUCACUGAGGGUCGUGUCAACAUGACAGGCUGCAUGGCUCUGGUCUUCUGUGUGGCAGCCCUGACUGCAUGGAUAGUCAGUGCAGAUGCCAAGGAGUUAUCCAUCACCACUAUAAAGGAAGACCCGUACACCAUGAGCAGAGGCUCUGAGCUAGAGGGCUACUGCAUCGAUCUGAUCACUGAGCUCUCCAGGAAGCUGGUCUUUAAGUACAAACUGCACCUUGUGAAGGACAGCAAAUAUGGAACCAUGGACUCUAGCGGAAACUGGAACGGCAUGAUUGGUGAAGUCAUUAGAGGGGAGGCUGACCUGGCAGUGGCCCCGCUGACCCUCACUGCGGUCAGAGAGCAGUUUGUGGACAUGAGCACUCCCUUCAUGCAGACGGGAAUCGGCUUCAUCCUGCGCAAAGACACUGAAGAGAGCUCCUUCAGCCUGCUGUCACCUUUCUCCACUGACAUGUGGGUUGGCGUCCUCAUUGCAUUCCUGCUAACAGGGCUCUGCAUAUUUCUGGUGGGCAGGAUCAGUCCCACUGAAUGGGCUGGGCCAGACACAGAGGAGCACAGCUUCACACUGCUGCAUAGCUUCUGGUACAUCACAGGAGCUCUCACCCUGCAAGGUGCUGGUCCUCACCCGAAGGCCCUUUCUGGACGUCUAGUAAGCGCCAUCUGGUGGCUGUUUGCUGUACUGCUUCUGGCCAGCUACUUUAGCAACUUCAACUCCAUGUUGCACUCCAACAACAAACACGUCUCCAUCGAAAGUUUCGAAGACCUUGCUAACCAGGAUGUGAUCGAUUAUGGCACAGUGGAGUCUGGAUCCACCAUGCUGUUCUUUAAGCAUUCAACCAACCCUUUGUACCAGCGUAUCUACCAGCACAUGGAACGUAAGAAGAGCUUCGUGUCCAGCACACAGGAGGGUGUUCGUCGCGCCCAGGAGGGAAACUUUGCCUUCAUCGGUGAAGCUGUGUCCUUGGACUUGGCAGUGGCUCGCUACUGUGAUCUGUGCCGUUCACAGGAAGUAAUCGGUAUGAGAGCCUACAGCAUCGCAGCACCUAUGGGUUCCCCUCUGGUCAAAAACCUAACCGUGGCCAUCCUCCAGCUCAGCGAGUCCGGUAUGCUGACGCAUCUGCGGCACAAGUGGUGGGCCAGCAGCUGCGCGGGCGCUGACAGGGCCCACAACUCUGAGGCUCUGCAGGCCCACGACCUGCGGGGCCUCUUCCUCCUCCUGGGUCUGGGACUGGGUGUUGGGCUCCUGAUGGCCCUGCUGGAGCUCUUAUCCAGGGCCCGCAACCAAGCUAAGGAUGGCAAGAAAUCAUGUUGCUCGGUGCUGACAUCAGAGCUAAACCAGCGAUUUGGCAGCAAAGAGGAGAGUGCAGAGCAAGAUGCCUCAGACAAAAGCAAAGCCUAAAGGAGAAAUUUAUGUGUUAGCAUGUGAUAAGAUAGUAUCAGAGAUGAUUGUUGUUCCAUCAAGCACACUAGCUUUUUUGUGUUUCCACAGUAACAGCAUGUGUUGUGUGGUCAGUAAGUGUAUUUCGUUCUCUUCCAGGAAAGUUCAGUGACCACAUGGGACAUAUUGACUAGCAGCUACAGAGUAUUAGGCAUCGAAUCAAGGCAAUUAUAGCUUCAAACUGAAAAUACUAAUCAAUCUGAUUUAUUUACCGUACAGUGUUGUUGCAUGUUGUCAGACAUCCACAUCCCAUCCCUGGACUAACUUAUAUUUCUUGUUGAACUGUUAUAGUUUGUAUUUGCUUGUAUAUUCAAAAUAAAUCCCCCAAUAUCCCAAAUGCA